CUGCUCCUGCUAUCCUUACCAUCCCCCUCACCCCUCACCAUCUCCCCAUUCCUAUCCCCCAUCCGUAAGAUGCACCUCCACACCCCCUCCGACCUCUCACAGCAUGACUACACCAUCCCAGACCCAACGCCGCAAUCCAGUCUCUGUAGCAGCCACCCCGACUCAUCCUCCUCCUCCUCCGCCAUCACCUACCGCAUAAUCCCCGGCCCGCUCAUCACCCACACCCACCUCGACUCCUGCGCCACGAACUUCUCCCAGCACUACGGCGUCUGGAGCAUGCACGCAGCGCGAGAAAUAGGUCCCUGGGCUAGAAAAGGAAACCCAGUCCGCAUGAGCGCCGCGCGCCUAGCCCAACAGUCCCUCCCUCCAGGCGCAUCCAACACGCUCGUCUGCGCGCUAACACCGCAGGGCGAGCUCGUCGGACACUGCUUCGCGAGCUGCUGGCGGCACGAUGGCGAGGGGGAGCGCCGCGUGUGGUGGAUCGCGCAGCUGCUGGUGGUGCGCGGGUGGAGGGGGAAUCGGGUGGGUACGAAGAUGCUCCAAACCCUCACCCAACACUACGACAUCGGCAUCGGCACCAGCCACCAGCAGCAGCAGCAAAAAGACGUCAUCGGCGUCCUAACCACGCACCCCUACACGCUCUGCGCCCUCCUCCGCGUCUUCGCCCGCGGCAUCGAAACCCUGCCCUCCCGCGCAGACUACUCGACCAACCCCACCGGCGACGGGCACACCCCGCUACCGCUCGAAGUAUGUGGACCGCUGAUGGAAAGCUCCCCAGUGAACUAUGUCCGCGACGCGGUACCUUGCCCGGGCACGCUGUCAGCCAACACGCGCUUCUACGUCGACCACGCGGAGCCCGACGCGGCGCUGCGGAGUGUGGUGAGCGGGAAGAAUAAGCUGCUGCGAGGGGGGUGGGAGUGGCCGUUUGGUGAGCUUGGGGAGGGGUGCGAGUAUUUGUGCGUGCUGGAGUAUGCGAGGGAUGAGGGGGGUGCGGUGAGGCCGCGGAUUCUUGGAGGAGGGGGGUUUUUUAAAGGUAUAUUUUCGCGAUACUGCGCCGUGUACUUCGGGCGAUGCUGGAUAUGAUCUUGGCUUGUUUCCGCGGGCGACGGCGCAGCCAGACGGCGAACAACCCGUCUUCGAAGCGCAAAAGCUCCUAAUCGAGAAUAGACAGAGCGUCGGCGCGUGCAUAGAUCCGAAGCCGUUUCCUGCCGCGCUGCGUGUGGUUUACGCGCCACUGGGUCUGCCGGAGGAGCUGGGGGCGUGGUGGGAGUUGAAGGGGUGGGCGGAGGCUAAUUUGGGUAGGGAUGCGAGUGUUGGAGCGAGGAUAGGUGUGUUGCAGGCGCUGCAUUAUUGGGAGCUGAGACGGGAGGCUGUGUUUUAGGGUAUUGGGUUUGGCGCUGGGAGAGGCGAGAUGGUGGGAGCGGAGGGUGAGGAUAGUUGUAGGGAGAGAUGUUCGUCGGGGGAAAAGGGGGAGUUGUGUUUGGAAAGCGACAUGGACUCAGACAGAGACAAGAGUUGAAGAACU